AUGAGUUCACCUUAUGCAAAUGUGCCCCGACCCUCUCCGCAGCCGAGCCCAUCUAAUCGGAGACCUUUAGCAAUUGCAGAACUCUCAGAACGUGCUCUUUCCAACCUUUGGGAUCCUUCGAAAGGUCUCAAGCAAUGGCUGAAGAAAGCAGAUGGCUUCCGGAAGGCUGGCAGAGCGUAUGCCGAGGCUGGUGAACUUGAGGAAGCCUUCAUGGAAUACGCGAAGUCUGCGACAAUAAUUCUUGAGAAACUUCCGAUGCACAAGGAGUACUACACUCUACUGUCACCAACGCAGCGCCACAAUCUUGGUCUUAAUGGUCAACAAAUUCUUCUUGAUCUUGGUGAAAUCAAGCCAAUCAUUGCCGCCCGCCAUGACCGAUGGAGGAUGCAAAAUAUGGAUUCUGGCAGGCCAUUGUCAUCAAACGGUUACCCAGAGGGGAGCAGGCACACGGAGUACAGGCGACAAGACGAUGGUCGACGCUCUCCCUUUGACGAUUCCGGAUGGCUAGCACAAGAAGCAGUUCGCAGAGAUGCUGAACGAAAACGUGAGGAGAUGAGAAGGGGAGAUGAGGCACAAAAGGAAGAUGCCUUGGCAGCUGCUCGGCGCGCCGCGAAUCCACAGCUACGUGACUCGACGUACUACAAUCGCGAAGGCACCCCUUCUGAGCCUGUGACCCCUGUGAGCGCUGUGGAAAAACGGAGAGAGCACGACGAGUUCAGGAAGCAUGAAGACCGAAGAAGAGACGAACAAGAUGAAGUUAGACGAAGACGCAGGCGGGAACAGGAGGGUAUUCUGAAACGCCAAGAGGAAGCAGAGCUUGCUGCGCGGGAGGCUCGCCAUAGUAUUGUUCCUUCUCCCAUGCCUGCGGCGUCCGCAGGCAGCUCCCAGCGUUCAUCUUUCGUGGAUGCGCAGUUUUAUGAAGACGCCGCUCCUCUUCUUAUGCCUAUCGAGAGCCCAACAAGGAACCACGCUGCAACCCCGACAAGUUUGAAGUCCCCAUCUUAUCCUGCACCAGUAACCACAACAUCACCUGUUCCACCGGACGGACAUAUUCAAUACCCAGAACUCAUGUCGCAACACCAGCUCAAGCAAGGCUACGCACCUUCUCUGCAAUCAAUGUUUAAUUACCCCACUCUUAGGCCCACCAAUCUUGGACGAUCUUCUCUACUUUUCGUACCAGAAUCUUCUCAAUUAUCUACUAAUCAAGUCCCCGAUCCACCCAUGGUUGUCGUGCCGAGUCAGGUGGCGUCAUACCCAUACUCUCAGAAUGCGACGCGGCCGCCUUCUGGUGCCUACUUUGAUUCUGCAGCUCCAUAUUCUUCCCUUUCACGAGCUCCUCAGGCUGCGCCUCCACCCCCACCCGCUCCCGUACAUCACAUCGAUGGUGACCGGUACCGGACUGCUUCCCAAGAGUCUGCACGGAUCACUCGUAAAGCCAGCGAUCCUGUCCAGGUACCCGACCUGAAGUCUGUGAGCUUGCCACGAGAGUGCCUUCCGCGGUUCCUAUCUAUCGCAUCGCUGAAUACGGCACGAAAUCGCGAAACUUGUGGACUAUUGCUCGGAAAAGAUAGAGGAAAUAAAUUUACUGUCACGACACUCUUGAUUCCAAAGCAGCACUCAACAAGCGAUACCUGCACCAUGGACGAGGAAGAGCUCGUCCUGCAAUUCACGGAAGAACGAUCUUUGAUUACCUUGGGAUGGAUUCACACGCAUCCUUCACAAUCUUGUUUUAUGUCGUCGGUUGAUUUACACACACAUUCUGGAUUUCAGCGUAUGCUUCCAGAGUCCUUUGCCGUUGUUUGCGCCCCAAAGUUCACUCCUAACUUUGGAAUUUUCCGCCUCACCGACCCCCCAGGCUUGCAAACAAUUUUAGAUUGCAAUGUUAAGGAGGCCUUCCACCCACACCCGGAGGUGCCGAUCUAUACAGACGCAGACAAGGGGCACGUGCAAAUGAAAGACAUCCCGCUGGAGAUCGUGGAUCUGCGAUGA